AUGCACUCCUCUUCGAUUUUAAGUUACCCCCCGCCUCCAGCUGGAUUUAACUAUCUCGCAGUCAUUCGCCCGUCUCUUAAACUGAUGCUUCUAUGCUCAGCCUGGUCUUCAGCCUUGGUUCCGCUUCUCUUUGCCUUAUUUCUGUUCUCCUCCAGGUCGCUGAGGAGAACGCCAAUUUUCAUGUUAAAUGUUGUAUCCAUUAUCAUGGGGCUAGCCUUGGGUGUUCUGGCUUAUUAUAACGGGGUGAGUGUGAUUGCCUUCCAUAUACUGCUAAGCGGCGUAACUUACGAAUUUUUUAUCAAUGCUCUGCCCCUCUUCACGGAGUCGAUCUUGGUACUCAGAGUGAUGACUGUGUACCCCCUCAAAUCAACACCUCGUUUGACUCUCGCGAUCGUUUACAUCCCAUUGUGUUGCUUGAAAGUCGCUCGACUAGCCAACAUUUUGGUUUUCUGGGGAAUAUGGUUUCCGGACAUCCUAGCCGGGGGUAACCCUAUUGUUGUUGCACAACAGUCGUGGGACUUCCCCUGUGACAAGAUUGAAUGGUCUCUGCAAAUGUUCGACAACGCAUAUGCUUCGGCACUCUUUCUUUACUGCCUUAGAAGCAGUCGUCGUGUAAAUGGUCGGAUCGAAUGCGCCAGAAGUAAACGUCCCACCAGUAAGUCGUGUAGAAGGAAAUACUCCGAACGCCUCAGUACCUUGUUCUGGAUCUCCGUCUCUAACUUCGUCUUCCCGGUCAUGCUUUCAUUUGUCCAGUCCAUUCUUGCUUUCGACGCUUAUCUUUUUUUGGACGCCACAUACAUCAUCAUGUCCAACAUAUAUUUCGAAAUUAUUGCUGUGUUGCUUGCCACUAUAUGGUCUGCAGGUAGCAGACGGUCGGAGGAGCAACAGGCAACCACGGAGAUGAGUGUGUCGGGUGCAGAGUCUCUUCCCCGUUUUGCGACAGGUACUAUAUCCAUGACCACAGCACCCCAAGUUCCUAUUCAAGAUCCCGAUGAUAUCACAAUAACUGUGGGGUCUCAAUCUCUUAUACAUACUGAAAGUGCGAGUCUGGACAAAGAUAUAGAGUCGAGGAGAUGA